UAGACAAAUAUCACUUGCUGUGUCAUAGCACAUGGAUUUCAGGACCGCCUGUGAAGAGACAAAGACAGGGGUUUGUUUGCUGCAGGAUGGUAACCAGGAGCCUUUCAAAGUGCGACUGCACUUAGCCAAAGAUAUUUUGAUGAUCCAGGAGCAGGAUGUGAUCUGUGUGUCUGGUGAGCCUUUCUAUUCUGGUGAAAGAACAGUAACAAUUAGAAGACAGACUGUAGGAGGAUUUGGAUUAAGUAUAAAGGGUGGAGCAGAACAUAAUAUUCCAGUGGUCAUUUCUAAGAUUUCCAAAGAACAAAGAGCGGAACUUUCAGGUUUGCUCUUUAUAGGAGAUGCAAUUCUACAGAUUAAUGGAAUUAAUGUGAGAAAAUGCAGGCAUGAAGAAGUGGUUCAGGUCCUUCGCAACGCAGGGGAAGAAGUGACCCUAACUGUGUCCUUUCUGAAAAGAGCACCUGCUUUUCUCAAACUGCCACUGAAUGAAGAUUGUGCAUGUGCUCCCAGUGACCAAAGCAGUGGCACAUCCUCUCCCCUAUGUGACAGUGGUUUGCAUCUCAACUACCACCCCAACAACACGGAUACAUUAUCAUGUUCCUCAUGGCCAGCAUCCCCAGGACUUAGGUGGGAAAAAAGGUGGUGUGAUCUCCGAUUAAUUCCACUUCUUCAUUCACGGUUUUCCCAGUACCUUCCAGGAUCAGAUUUGUGCAGGCAAAAUGCGUUCCAAGUAAUUGCUGUGGAUGGGGUUUGCAGUGGAAUAAUUCAGUGUCUCUCUGCUGAAGACUGUAUUGACUGGCUACAAGCAAUAGCGAGUAACAUUUCCAACCUCACAAAGCACAAUAUAAAAAAAAUCAACAGGAAUUUUCCCGUAAACCAGCAGAUAGUCUACAUGGGCUGGACAGAAGAACGGGAACAAGACUCCCUUCAGGAUCGAAUGUACACACCAAAGUUUCUAGCACUGAGGGGAUCUUCCCUGUAUAAAUUUAUAGCACCUCCAGUCACAACCUGGGAUUGGACACGAGCUGAGAAAACAUUUUCAGUUUAUGAGAUAAUGUGCAAAAUUCUCAAGGACAGUGAUCUCCUGGACCGACGGAAACAUUGCUUCAGUGUCCAGUCUGAAUCUGGAGAAGAUCUUUACUUUUCUGUGGAACUAGAGUCUGACCUAACAGUAUGGGAAAAAGCCUUCCAAACAGCAACUUUUUUAGAAGUUGAACGGAUACAGUGCAAAACAUAUGCCUGUGUUUUGGAGAGUCAUCUUAUGGGACUUACCAUCGACUUUAGCAUGGGCUUUGUCUGUUUUGAUGCUGCCACAAAGGCCGUACUUUGGAGGUACAAGUUUUCCCAGCUCAAAGGUUCUUCAGAUGAUGGGAAGAGCAAAAUCAAAUUUUUGUUCCAAAACCAAGAUACUAAACAAAUUGAAGCAAAGGAGCUGGAGUUUUCCAACCUGUUUGCAGUCCUUCACUGUAUCCACUCAUUCUUUGCAGCCAAAGUGGCUUGUUUGGACCCUUUGUAUGUAGGCAGUCAAGCCACAGCUUCUGCUGCUCCCACAACUUCUGGUACUGGCAAAUUAAAGUAUACUACUUGACAUCUCACAUUAGAGCACUGCCGCUUAACAA